AUGACAUCGCGGAGAUGGUUUCACCCGAAUAUCACCGGCGUGGAGGCCGAAAACCUACUGCUGACAAGAGGAGUUGAUGGCAGUUUUUUGGCAAGGCCCAGCAAAAGUAACCCAGGAGACUUCACACUUUCCGUUAGAAGAAAUGGAGCUGUCACCCACAUCAAGAUCCAGAACACUGGUGACUACUAUGACCUGUACGGAGGGGAGAAGUUCGCUACUCUGGCUGAGUUGGUUCAGUAUUAUAUGGAGCAUCAUGGGCAAUUAAAAGAGAAGAAUGGAGAUGUUAUUGAGCUCAAAUAUCCUCUGAACUGUGCAGAUCCUACCUCUGAAAGGUGGUUUCAUGGACACCUCUCCGGGAAAGAAGCAGAGAAGUUAUUAACUGAGAAAGGAAAACACGGUAGCUUUCUGGUACGAGAGAGCCAGAGCCACCCUGGAGAUUUUGUUCUCUCGGUCCGAACAGGUGAUGACAAGGGGGAGAGCAAUGACGGCAAGUCCAAAGUGACCCACGUCAUGAUCCGCUGUCAGGAACUAAAAUAUGAUGUUGGUGGAGGAGAGCGGUUUGACUCUUUGACCGAUCUCGUGGAGCAUUAUAAGAAGAAUCCCAUGGUGGAAACACUGGGCACAGUUCUACAACUCAAGCAGCCCCUCAACACAACUCGUAUCAAUGCUGCUGAAAUAGAGAGCCGGGUUCGAGAACUAAGCAAAUUGGCAGAGACCACAGAUAAAGUCAAACAAGGCUUCUGGGAAGAAUUUGAGACACUACAACAACAGGAGUGCAAACUUCUCUAUAGCCGAAAAGAGGGCCAGAGGCAAGAAAAUAAGAACAAAAACAGAUAUAAAAACAUCCUGCCCUUUGAUCAUACCAGGGUUGUUCUAAAUGACGGUGACCCCAACGAGCCUGUGUCCGAUUACAUCAAUGCAAACAUUAUCAUGCCUGAAUUUGAAACCAAGUGCAACAACUCAAAGCCCAAAAAGAGUUACAUCGCCACACAAGGCUGUCUGCAGAACACGGUGAAUGACUUUUGGCGCAUGGUGUUUCAAGAGAACUCCCGAGUGAUCGUCAUGACUACGAAAGAAGUGGAGAGAGGAAAGAGUAAAUGUGUCAAAUACUGGCCUGAUGAGUUUGCUCUGAAAGAAUAUGGGGUCAUGCGUGUUAGGAACGUCAAAGAAAGUGCCGCUCAUGACUAUACAUUAAGAGAACUUAAACUGUCAAAAGUUGGACAAGGGAAUACGGAGAGAACGGUCUGGCAAUACCACUUUCGGACCUGGCCUGACCACGGCGUGCCCAGUGACCCCGGGGGUGUGCUGGACUUCCUGGAGGAGGUGCACCACAAGCAGGAGAGCAUCAUGGAUGCGGGGCCCGUGGUGGUGCACUGCAGCGCUGGAAUCGGCCGGACAGGGACGUUCAUCGUGAUUGAUAUCCUUAUUGACAUCAUCAGAGAGAAAGGUGUCGACUGUGACAUUGAUGUUCCCAAAACAAUUCAGAUGGUGCGAUCCCAGAGGUCAGGGAUGGUCCAGACAGAAGCACAGUACCGAUUCAUCUAUAUGGCCGUCCAGCAUUAUAUCGAAACACUACAACGCAGGAUUGAAGAAGAACAGAAAAGCAAGAGGAAAGGCCACGAGUAUACAAAUAUUAAGUAUUCCCUCACGGACCAGACAGGUGGAGACCAGAGCCCCCUCCCGCCUUGCACUCCAACACCAGCCUGUGCGGAGAUGAGAGAAGAUAAUGCUAGAGUUUAUGAGAAUGUGGGUCUGAUGCAGCAGCAGAAGAGCUUCAGAUGA